CCCGGAGAGCGGCGGCGGCGGCGGCGGGCGGCCCGGCGGGGCUGGAGCCCGGCUCGGCUCCGCUCCAUGGAAGCGGCCAACGGGACCCUGCCCGACGGCGCGGCGGGCAGCAAGGGGGGCGGCGCGGCCGCUCCGUCGGGCAAGAAGGAGGUGAAGGUGGUGAUCGUGGGGGACGGCGGCUGCGGGAAGACCUCGCUGCUGAUGGUGUACGCCAAGGGCGCCUUCCCCGAGCAAUAUGCACCGUCUGUGUUUGAGAAGUACACCACCAGUGUUACGAUUGGCAAAAAGGAAGUCGUCCUGAAUCUGUAUGACACCGCAGGGCAGGAGGACUAUGAUCGGCUACGACCACUUUCUUACCAGAACACAAACGUAGUGUUAAUUUGUUACGAUGUCAUGAACCCCACCAGCUAUGAUAAUGUAGCAGUUAAGUGGUAUCCUGAAGUGAAUCACUUCUGCCGAGGUGUCCCGCUCGUGCUGAUCGGCUGUAAGACAGACCUUCGGAAAGACAAAGAGCAGUUGCGUAAGCUCAGGGCUUCUAAGCAGGAACCCAUUACCUACAACCAGGGUGAAGCAGCUUGCCAGCAGAUAAAUGCAGAAGUUUAUCUGGAGUGCUCAGCAAAAUGUCGUGAGAACAUAGAAAAAGUUUUUAAAGAAGCAACAACCAUUGCUUUAAGUGCCAUGAAAAAAGCCAAGCGCCAGAAGAAACAGAGGGCAUGCUCAGUGUUAUGAUCUGGACUGCAAGAGAGCAGUGCCUGCACAAGAGUCAUGUGAUUCAGAUUUUAGCAAGUGUGACUUUUUUUUCCCCAUUUGUAUUCUUGCAACUAUUUUUAUUUUAAAAAUUUUAAACUUUUAAAUAUUUUUGUACUUUUGUUACACCACUCUCACAAAGUUUUGAAGGCUCUUUAUCAAGGCUAAGUGAUGCUGCAUGUCUUUGUCUGCCUUUUGCUCCCAACUGCAAACCACCACCAGUGAGGUCUUGGAUUCACUAUUUAAAUUGCAAUGAACAGUGACUGCUACUAUGACCUUCGUUUUUUUCCUCUGCAAAAUCGUGGCAUAUUGUAGCUACAAUUUAAAGUCUUUUUCAAGGAGAAAAAACACAUCUUUCAGAAGUUUUGUUAGAGCAGCCCAUCCGGCACCUUGGAAUAGACAGGAAUUAAGUUUGGUAUUAACAUUCUCAAAUUAAUUUACUUGGCGGCAGUGCUGUGAGUUAGCCUCAAGCUGCCACCACAGGGCACAGCCGAAGCAUCCACUCCCCAUGAGCCAACUUUGCAGAGCUGCUCCUUCAGAUGCCUCCUUGCAAGGCCCAGUACUGUAACAGAAAGUGGUAUUUAUCUUUGGAUAUGCAUUGGUUGCUCUAGUCCAAACGUAGAGCACCACAGAAAAUAAUUUACAGCAUGCAAAGAUAAAAGUACUCCAGUCAGCUACUAUGUGUAAAAUAAAAGCAGUUUUACAAUAAACUUAUAUAGCUUAUUUAAUACGACACGCAAAUGUUGGUGUGUGCUAGGGAGAGGGGAAAUACUUGGCUUUGUAACUCCCGUUCAGUAACUGUUGAAAUCUCCUCUCUACAACUGUAAAUUAUGUUUUCCCUUUUGUUACGAAGAUGUCAGUUGUCUGUUUGAGGAUGAUGGAUGCUCCCACCGAAAAACCGAGCACAUGUGCCUCAAAUUUCCUAGUUCUUUUGCACGGUCUCUUGCAGCGAGAUCUCAGAUUUCAGGAUCAGUCACUUGUCUGUAGCUACUUUAAACCAAAGCUGUGAGGGUGAAAGAGGUUUCUGCAGUACAGGUGUUACAGGUUUUCUUUCCGAGGCAAACUACUGCCCAUCCUAAGGGAAAGACAGACUUCGAUUUUCUGAUUCUAUGACUUGCCUAACAGUAACAAUACACAGGCUUUUGCCAGGAAGCUUGGGCAUCGUAUGCCAGGGGUCUGCUGUUAGACAAACGCUUCCAUGAGGAGCCUGAUAACUGCACAUCAUUCAGAUUUCAUGCAGUUUUAUCCUCUGCUGCUUACAUGACCAGCUGGUGGAAAAUUCUUUUGGAAUGAUCCAUCAUUAUUUUAGAUGUGGGAUAAAUAGACCUUGAUCCUUGAAAUUUCAGUUUUUUCUCCCUAACUUGCUUUGAAUUAGCUAAGGCGUACGGAUCCCUAAAGGCUUAAAAUGGAUUUUUUUUUAAAGAUCAGCUUUUUUUUGCACAUCUUUUAUAAGUAUAGACAAAAAUCCACAAAUUGUGCAGCCGUUUCUCCACGAGAAGACAUUUGUCAGUGAAAGACAAAACCACACGUGACCUUACCCAGUAAGCGACUGAAACAUGGACACGCAGGAGGUUACCACAUUUACCCUCAGCUCCACGGCUGGAAUCUUUCCUUGCUUUUACAAUCCGAGAUUCUCAUGCUGCAGAAUUCAAGUUACUUGCCAUGUGCAGAGCUCCCUCACCCCUGGAGUACCAGGUCCACUGCUCAGAUCCAGCAGGAUGCAGCAUUGCUCUCAAAAUAAAAUAAUUUACAUUUCAUAAAUAGAGAGUUCAAAGACAAAGAAAAAAAUCAACAAAUGCUAUGCAGAAGUCAAAAGUUAAUGUAGCAAGAUACAGCCCAGCUAGCGUGAAAGUUGUUCAAAAUAUGCAAACGGCAAUUUAUUGUUCAUGCCCACAGGACAGACACUGUAAAGGUAAUUUUGCUAGCCUUGCAGCAACAAAAUAACUAAUGAAACCAUUUAAAGUAUAUAGUGCAUAUGUAUUUCUUCAUGAGCACACUUAGUGGGAGAAGGACGUAGUUUUCAGAUCACCCUGCCAAAGCCCUUUGCCCAGUCUGGGCCUUGUGCUAGCUCCCAGGAAGCCAGCACAGCUGAGAAACGGGCUGCAUAAAGCAGCUCACAAUACUGCAGCUGGGCUUCAGAGGUGCAGAUGUUAAAGCACCCAAAAAAAGCUUAUUCAACUAAGUUCAAGAAGCAGAAGGAGUUCAGUGGGAUGGGAGUCAGUAUUUCUCCUCAGCUGUCCCUCCAAACAAGUGUUUACAUUCUCUUAACGCUUGGUACAAGUACAGUAUUUAAAGGAAGCAUUUCAUACUUCUGCUUAGCCUCUCUUCACCUUUCCAGAAUGGCACUGGGAGCAAAGAAGUAUCGAAAAUGGGAACUGAAGUGCAACUGCACUUACUGCCACUGAUCAAGACCAUUUUCAAAAAAACACUGUCUCAGAAGAACAACUCAAAGGGCAGCGUGUUGGUUAUUAAAAAGGGGAUAAAGCAGCUGCAAAUUACAGUUUAUUUUUUUAGGUGUUUUCCAGGCUUGGGCAGAUUACCUGAUCUCCCUGGAACAGGGCUAGCAGACUUUCCUGCCAUUUCACAACUGUUUUUGCUUGCUUGUUUAAGAGGAUUUCUCUUUUUUAAAUAGCUUUUUAAAAGUGUAUAUAGCAGCAGUAUGGUACAAAGAUGGGCUUUUUUUCACAGUACACAUAGGUUAGUAUUGCCACUGAAAAUAUGCUUUAAACAAAUGCUUUUGAAAACAGCAUUCAGUCUGUAUUACUGAGCAACCUGGAGUGUUCGUAAAGCUUUAAAAAUUCAAUACCCAGAGUUAAAUAAUAAAACUGGAAAGUGUUAAAUAUCAUUCCAGGACUGGAAUUACAGUAAAUCCCACAUUCUCCCAAUGCUGGCUUUUUGCCAGGCAGGUGCAUGCUGCUAUAUAUACACACAGAAAAACCAAAUGCAAACACGUUUUGUAUUAAAUAUACAUAAAUAGCAGGACUGCAGACUGGAGAGCCAUGCUUGCUUAAUACUGAGUCUGUGCUGGAAGAGUCCACAUCUUUCACCAAGCAUGGGGACAGACGAGUCCUUCCAAGUCCGUUCACAGCGUAGCAGAGGUUCAGGAGGUGCCGUCCAACGCCGAGCGCCUGCUGCAGGUGCUGGGACACCGAGUUCCCAUGUUGGCAUCCAGCACACCCUG